AUGAAUGAUUAUUCUUGUUUUUCCAGUGAGAAGCCAAGUUGGGCCGAUUUGGUAGAGGAAGGGGAAGCAGGUAAAACACUUUUAAAAUGUGAUCUGCUCGUUCAGUGUGGCCAGUUUUAUGCGUUUUUUCUCACAAGGCUGGAUUUAUUUUUAAAGGUUUUACGUUUUUGAUAAUAUGAUUUUUAUCAUAUUUUGACCUUGGGGUACACAUUUACUUUAUAUCUGAAUCGGAUGCCUUUGACAUAAGUUAUCUUGGCAGUAUUCGGAACAUUGUUCAACAUGGUUUCUUUGGAAUGAUUGAGGUUAAUAUUCAGUUCAAACUUCUUUUUAUUUAUAAAAGCUAACCAAAAAAAUUUACUUAUUUUUCUACUCUGACUCAAUCUUUAGUUCACUGAAAACUGUAACUGUGUUCUUGUCUCAACUUAUGUGUGACAAUUGCUUUGUAGACCACAUACCUCCUCCAACAGAAGUCAUCAAUGGAGACACAAAAAUCGUAACAGAAUUUAAAAGAAAUGAAGAGGGAAAGCUUCUAAAGGUUAGUGUCAGAAAAGAGAACAGUAUUGUUUACAGAGCACUUAAAAUGUGGCAAACAGAGUUAAAUAUAUUUUUUACAUACACUGAUUGCAGCUGCAUCAAACUUUUGACUGUCUGGUAGAGUACUUGGCAAGAUUUCUUUAUAACUGCAUACUUCAUUAUUCGUACUGUUAUUUGAAAAGAAUCAGAAAACAAUAGUUUACCUUUUAGAUCAAUGCUUUGUUUAGAACUGAUUAGUAUGGGGUUAUAUGGAAAUCUCUUCAAGUAAUUUCCUUAAACAAACCAAUCUCCCACUCUGAUAGUGCCUUUUUUAACCCUUGUGGAAUUUACCUUGGUCAUUGUGGAUUUUUCCUAGAAGUGUAAAUUUAGAUUGCUAGACUUUUUUCAGAGCUUACAAUUUUUCUCCCUUAAUUUAUCUCUCUUAGAUUGUGAGGACUUUCAAAAUUGAAACGAAAAGAGUUUCUAAGACAAUUGCAAAGAGAAAGGUAGCAGAGUUUGAUUUUUAAAUGUACUAUGUCAUUGAAAGGCUGUUUGCUUUUUUUAUAAUGUGUUUGUCAUGGUCCAGUCUUUUCUAAAAAUGAUUCUUUUUAUAUUUCAGUUAUGGAGAAAAUUUGGAGAUGCAAAGAAUGAUGGUCCUGGUCCUAAUCCCUCUACAACAACAGUUACUGAUGAUGUGUUCCUUAUUCUCACCACAAAUAAGGAGGUAAACGACUAAACCUCAGCAGGUUUCUUGUAUAUGGCUGUAGUAACUGUAUGUGACAGUUUAUGAAAAGGAGUUGCAUACCUGCCUCAUGAAACAUGCCUGUAGACACCUUUUUCUUAAAGAAAACAUUUGAAAUCACUUGUCCUUAAGUAAGGUAGCUUUACAUUGUGGUUAGCUAGAUGUUAAGUGUGAUACAUUUAUAUUUUUUGGGAUCUGGCUUAAAAUUUUUUUUCAAUGAAUUCGGUACAAAAAGCUGUACUUGGUAGUUUUAAUGCUCUUCAUCAGCAGUGCAUCUGGAAAAUGAUAAGGAGGAUUAUUAGAGUGUAGAGGAAAUGAUGUUGUAAUUUGCGCCAGACUGUGGUUUGUGGGAACAGACUGCCAUCUGUUCUUUACCACACCACUUGGUUGAUGACAAACUCACUUCUGAUCCUCUUUAGGACGUAGUUUGGUUGGAUCAUGUCAAAAGUCACCAUCAAGAAAAUUUUUUUUUUGAUUUACAUCCUUUUUUUAACUUUCACCAAACCCUUAACAGGUUGGAGUCAAAAUUAUAUUUAAUGAAUUGAAAGCUUAUAACAGAAUCUUCAGAGCUCUCUGUUUCUCUCUCUAUAAAUGCUUUAAAGACACUAAGCCAUAUAUGUUUGUUAAUUGAAAAGUUUUCAAUCAAUCUGUCUUUUUCUUUUCUCUAGGACCUUCAACAAGAUAAUGAUGACCCACUGAAAAAGUUAGGUCAAAGUUCACAGAAGAUUGUUCAGUGCCGUAUCUGUAAAGGGGACCACUGGACAACAAAGUGUCCUUACAAGGAUCAGCUUGAGGUUAUACAAGCUCAAGUCAAGGAUGAUGAAGCAAAAUCUGCAGUUGAUGCUGGUAAUGAAUUAGAAUAAACCCCACUUCUUUUAGAAAGCUAUUUUGAUCAUUUUAGGCCAAGUUAGAUUUGUAUAAUUAACAGGAUGGUACACAUAUUCCAGAUAGAAAGGUGUUACUUUUUCGUGUGGAAAAGUUUUUGUGACAACAUGAUGCCAUGGUACAGUAUUUAUGCCAAAGCCUUGGUAUUGGUAUUAAGUUGACUGAUGUAUUGACUUCAACCAGCCACUUGUCUAUUGAUUGCUAGUUACUGGUAGUAAAGAUUAAGCAUCACUAUUGUUGUUGACUCAUGACAUGUUUUGUGCCUUAGGAAACUAUAAACUAUCAUUUUACUUCUCCAGUCACAUCCUGCAAGUGUGCUGUUCAUGUACAGAGCUUGCAUGAUACUUUUCCUGAUUGGUUAAUACUUUGAUGAUCCUCUAUGGGCUUACAUGUAAUGUACAAGUUAUGAGUAAACCCUUUAUACCCUAGCAUCAAUAUGCAAGUUCUCCAUACUGCUCUCUAUACAUCUCCCAUGGUGCUUGCAAGGAGAAUUUGCCUACCAAUCAAGAACUUCUUUACUUUGCAAUUAUUUUAUUUGUUCUCAUGAUCCUAAUGUUUGAUUCAGGGGUGAUACUGUGAGAAGAAAUUAAUUGGUUAUCACUCUAAAGGUGUAAAGGGUCAAAUGGAAUUCUUGAUAAAAUGAUCUCUUGGAAGGUUCAUCUGUAUUUUUCUUUUUGUGAUAAUUUUAAAUAUUUAUCCUGAACAGAGGGAAAGACAAACUAACAAUCAACCUACAUUUGUAAUGAGGUAUAAAUUUUGGAGCUAUGUCAACCUUCUAAGCUUUGGUUUAACCCUCUGAUACCGAAAAGUGAUUCAUCAGUCCUGUAGUAUUUCUUCUGUGUACAAUAUGUUAACAUGCAAAGAGAGGGCUUAAAAUAACUUUUCCCCCUGUGAUGGUUUCCAAGCAAAGUUGUGAAUACUAGUGAAAGUUACAUUUUUCCCAAUGAUAAGCACAUAUAAAAAAUUUUUACAAAAUCAAUUUUUAAGGAAUUUUAUCCUCAGUCAUCUUAGAAUCUUUAAACUCUAGAAACCAUUUGUAAUUUGGAAAAAUAAGUUUUUGAUGUUUUUUAUUUAAAACAUGGUGUUAUUUCACUCUGUGGGAUGACACUUAAUUUAUUGAACCUUCAUUAUUAUUAUCAAGCUAUUGAAAAGAAAAACCUAGAGGGUGUUCUUCUGAUUCUAAUCCAACACCAAAUUCUCCUCUCUAGGAAAGUUUUCUAACAGGAUCUUGAGAAUUAAAACUUUGAUAUUUUUGCUAGUGAAGUACAUGAACUUGUCGAUGAAAUUUCUUAAUUGUUUAUAAUAAUACAGGAGGAGCAGUAGGAGGAGCUGGGGAGCAGCCACAAGCAUCUAAGACUGGAAAGUACAUAGCACCAAGUUUGAGAGAAGGGGCUGGAAACAGGCGUGGAGAGACUAUGCCAAGGUCACAGAGAGGUAUAAACCUUUUAAGGGUUUGCAGUGAGGGGCAAAAAUACUUGAUGAAUUCUUUUGAAUUCAAAAGGUAUCAUUACUAUUCAAUAGUUCCCCCCGUCCCCCAAAACAAUGUUGAACUCUGAGCAGUUAGAUAGAAAAACUUGACAUUCAAGAUGGGAAGGGUAGGGUAGACUUGCCUUACUAGGUAUUUUUGAGAGCAAAAUUAAUUUUCUUCUCCUUGACACCUCAGAAGUUAGCGUGAGAGGUGAAUCAGCAGUGGAGCUACGUACAACAUGUAACAUACAAUGAAAUGUAAAAAAUUAUCCACUGUUAUUAUUGACUCUCACCGAAACAAAAUCUGUCCUUUUCCCAAUUUUGCAUGCUACAGUGAUAGAAGAGUGUGUCUUGCAAGUUUUUUAGUUGAAUGUUGAUUUGACCUGAUUUUCUAGGGCACAAGAUAAGAGAUAAAGUUGUGUAUUAAAAACUACUAAUUGUACUCUCCAUUCAGAUGAAACAGCCACAAUACGUGUGACAAACUUGUCAGAGGAUACUAGGGAAUCUGACCUCAUGGAACUCUUCCGUCCAUUUGGACCAAUCUCAAGGAUUUUCUUGGCCAAAGACAAGAAUACCAACCAGUCUAAGGUAGUGGCUCCAAAGAUAAUUUGUCUACUGUGUGUGUGUAUUUUCCAAGGGAUUGAAUUUGUGGGAGAGAAUGAAUUUAUCUCAUUUAAAUAUGGUCUAAUAGUAGCAUAAGCUGUUUCUUGUCCUUGUAAACAUCGACUUUUCAUCUUUGCAGAAAGGGGGUGGGGGGGGGGAAAGAGUUGCUUUACUUAACACUUUAGCUCCCGUGAGUGACCAAGACAGAAUUUCCCCUUACUAUAUCUAUGUAAUAUCAUGCAGAUAACUGAUGAGAAUAAAGGAAAAUAUCAAUUAUGGGAUUACCAAUUGAUCCGUUAAACCAAAUUCUCCAAACUAACAUAAUGAGAAUCAUUUGGCAGACAGUAAGGAGAAUUACAAAUGAAAUCUUGGGAGUUUAGGUGUUAACACUGAGUCAAAAGAUUUCAGGUUCAAACCUUGGGCAAGUCAUUGUGAUCUAUGAAUAACUGUAAAUAUAUGCAAAUCAUAUAUGUGAAAUGCAGAUGUAGAAAUGAAUAUGAAAGCAAUCUUUGUAGUAAUGAACACAUUGUGUUGUGUUUAAGGGCAAGAUAUUUUACUCCUGCUGUGCCUCUCUCCAGUAGUAUAUGUAAGUGCAGGUGAACUGUCACAGAAAUCUGUUGAAAUACUGAUGGGUAACUUGUGAUUGACUAGGGUCCCAUUCAGAAGGAGAUAUUGCAAUACUCUUUCUUGCUUCUUGCUGGAGAAAUCUGUCCCAACUAGAGGCUUUUAACCUUUUACACCUUAACACCUGUAGGCAUAUUCUCCAUACUGUUCUCUUUACAUUUCCUAAGGUGCUGACAAGGAGAAUUUGUUUAAAAAUCAAGAGCUUCUUUAGUUGGGGAUCGUUUCUUUUAUUCUCAUGCCCAUAAUGUUUGAUUCAGGGGUGACAUUUUAAGGAGAAAUUAGAUGCUAAUCACUCUCAGAGGUCAAAGAAUAAGGGGUGGAAGCUUUGAAAAAAGUAUAUUUACCCUUUUUACGCUUUCUGUUCUGCAGGGUUUUGCAUUCAUCAACUUCGUCCAUCGUGAGGAUGCCGCCCGAGCUAUUCAAAGUGUUCAAGGAUUUGGUUAUGAUCAUCUGAUCUUGAGCGUGGAAUGGGCCAAGUAA